GACCUCUCGUGCGAGAUGUGAUGUGUCAUGGCGUCUUUUGGAUGGUAACACCAAACAAAAACAUUUUGAAGUAAAAUUUAGGUUUAAAGACUGAAUUUAAAGAAGAUGGCUAAAUUAAGAUAUGCUUGUGACCAGGAUAAAUCUGUUUUAAUGAAUAAUUUUGAGGCACGAGGUUGGAUUCAGGUCAACCCAGAAGAUGACUUCAAUUUUUACUGGGCUAAUGUGCAGAAUAUUAGAAAUAUAUUCAGUAUUGAAUCUGGUUACAGGCUUAGUGAUGAUCAAUUUAUAAAUCAUUUUCCUAAUCAUAUGGAACUAACAAGAAAAGAUCUGAUGGUAAAAAAUAUUAAAAGAUAUCGCAAAGAGUUAGAAAAGGAAGGAAGUCCCUUGGCCGAGAAAGAUGAAAAUGGAAGAUUUGUUCACUUGGAUUUUAUACCACAGACAUUUAUGUUACCUUCAGAUUAUAAUUUAUUUGUUGAAGAAUUCAGAAAAAAUCCAAACACUACAUGGAUCAUGAAACCGUGUGGAAAAGCUAGAGGCAUUGGUAUUUUCUUGGUAAAUAAAUUAUCACAAUUAAAGAAAUGGUCUAGAGAUGGUAAAACUAAUGUGUUUACGCCACCAACAGCUAAAGAAACGUAUGUUAUAUCUAAAUAUAUAGAUAAUCCCUUGUUGAUUGGUGGCAAGAAGUUUGAUUUACGGCUCUAUGUUCUCGUCACAUCGUUUAAACCUCUCAAAUGUUAUAUGUAUAAGCUGGGAUUUUGCAGAUUUUGUACAGUAAAAUAUAAUGCUAAUGUGAAUGAACUAGAUAAUAUGUUUGUACAUUUAACAAAUGUAUCAAUUCAAAAACAAGGGGAGGAUUAUAAUUCUAUACAUGGUGGAAAAUGGACUGUUCAAAAUUUACGAUUGUUUUUAGAAGGUACAAGAGGUAAAGAGAUUGCAGAUAAAUUAUUUGAUGAGAUAAAUUGGUUGACUGUUCACUCUUUGAAAGCAGUAUCGGGUUGUAUCUCUAAUGACAGACAUUGUUUUGAAUGUUAUGGUUAUGAUAUUAUUAUUGAUGAUAAUUUGAAACCAUGGCUUAUAGAGGUAAAUGCCUCCCCAUCUUUAACAGCUACAACAUCUAGUGAUAGAAUAAUGAAAUAUAAACUAAUAUCAGAUUGUAUAAAUAUAGUUAUACCACCUGGUGAACUACCCGAUGUCAGGUGGAGUAGAAUUCCAGCUAAAGAAAAUUUGGGAAGUUUUGAUAUAUUGUAUGAUGAAGAACUUGCUCAAGCUGAUAUUUUAACACAAGAAAUAAAAUCACGAGUUGGACAAGCAACAGGAACACGUGGGGCUAGAGAUUCUAAACGUACAACAUCUACAUGGAAAUAGAGCUAAUGCUGAUAAGAUAGUGCUCAAUCCAUUCCAUAGAUAGCAUGUGAUCUAUUCCGUCCAUUUUUAAUGAGCACUAUUCACUUAAUGAACGGUAAAAAACUGGUAUGUGAAACAUAAAUAGUUGUUAAUAAUCAUUCUUACUGUGAUAGUGAUAAAGAAUCAGUUUAGAUCUGAAAUUAUUGCAUCAAGUUGUUGGAAAUGUAAAGUGAUUAAGUGUAAUAAUACUGAGGAGAGAAGUCUAUAAUUUAAUAGUAUAUAACUUUCUCCAUUGAUAUGAUGAACUCAUGUUUUUACUUAGUAGGUGGAGAAAAAAAAAAUGACUUUAGGUUCCUUCAAUUUGUGGACCAUGCGCUAUGAGCACGAUUUGUGGAUUUGGCGCUAUAUAAAUGGACAUAUUAUUAUUGUACCAUAUUUGGUGCAUCUAAACAGAUCAUGCAAGUUUGUGUGUAUUUGGGAAAAGGCAUUCAGAAUUAAACUGUUUCAGACCAUAUAUAGGACUGCACAUAUUAUAAUUCAUAGUGGUCGUUCACCUGUAUGUCAUGAAAUUAUACUAACUUUACUUGUAUCACUGUAUAUUGUCAUUUGUAAAGAAAUUACAAUUAUCUCAUUCGACAUCACUGAUCAAAAAAUAAAACUAUAACACUGACUUAAAAG